CCGCGGCUCACGUUUGUUCCUCCUACGUCACUAGCCGUUCCACCAAUCAGCACCCGGCAGAUCACCGCUCCUUAGCUGCGGGCCUACCACCGAUCCGCCUCCCCGAGAUCCUAGAGCCGAAUUCAGCCCAGCGACUGAAAGCGUCCUGGAUCGCGGCGCAGGCGCAGUAGCAGUCAGGGCCCCCUCCGAAAGCAGAACGUACGCUGCUUGGAAACAGAAUGGUGCUGGAGAGCGUGGCCCGCAUCGUAAAGGUGCAGCUCCCAGCCUACCUCAAACGUCUUCCAGUCCCGGAGAGCAUUACCGGGUUCGCCCGGCUCACAGUUUCAGAAUGGCUUCGUUUAUUACCAUUCCUGGGUGUACUUGCACUGCUAGGUUACCUUGCAGUUCGUCCAUUCCUCCCAAAGAAGAAACAACAAAAAGAUAGUUUGAUUAAUCUCAAGAUUCAGAAGGAAAAUCCAAAAGUAGUGAAUGAAAUAAACAUUGAAGAUUUGUGUCUCACUAAAGCUGCUUACUGUAGAUGUUGGCGUUCUAAGACGUUUCCUGCCUGUGAUGGAUCACAUAAUAAACACAAUGAAUUAACUGGAGAUAAUGUUGGUCCACUAAUAUUGAAGAAGAAAGAAGUAUAAGAGAGUUGGACUGAUUACUUUUAAUUUCUGUGGUAUCAAUUCAUAUUACAUUGUAUUUUUCAAUUAUUUGUGUCUACAAGUGCCUUUGAAUGGCAUAGAUGAUAUCUUUAGUAGUCUUAAUUACUGUUGUUGAUUUGAUCACUGUUUCUGCCAUUUAGUUUUCUUACUACACUACUGUUUUGUAUUUGAUACUUUGUGUACUCAGAAGAAUCAUAUUUAUGUAGAACUUAAAAACUGAACAAGCCUUUUUAUCAUGAAACUAUAAGUUCCUUUGUGUUUUAGCAAUAAAAUCAUAUUCCUGGUACUGAUGUUUAACUGCGAGAUUGUUAACCCAAGAUUUCUGUAAUACUCCUAAAAUUAUUUAUCUGUAUUUAUCUAUAUGAUAAUAGUGUUUUCGGUAUCUACAUAACUCCUUUUAUUUUCUACAGUGUAAAAAUACAUAUUUUUCAAACACUUCUGUACUUUAAAAUUACUUUUCUUCAAUCUUGUUAUCUUUAUAUGAAUGUAGGAUAGCAAUAUGUUAGGUAACUGGGAUAAAGAUAGAUUUUCUGCUUUAAGGAUCCUAGUGCAAUAUGGGUCCCAACUGGAGAAAGCUAGAUGAACAGGAUUUUUAAAAAUCCAAAUAACUUAAAGGGGUGCUUAUUUGCAUUACAACAAGGAUUCUUUGGUUUACAGAUUCUUCUAAAGGAACUUCUUUGAAUAAAAAUUUGUCUGACAAUAGCAUAUUAAGACCUAUUGGCUUAAAGAUAAGGAAAGAACAUUUGGAGAUUUUUUAGUUUCAACUUGUGAUUUUGGGGGUGAUCAUAAAUAAAGUUAAAAUUAUCAUGUAAGACCACACACAAAAAAAUUCAAUUCUAAAGAAGUUAUGUAAGACCACACACAAAAAAAUUCAAUUCUAAAGAAGUUAAUAAAGACAAGAAAGUUUUUUAAAAUAAAUAUUUUAUUGGGAAAUUACAAAAAAAGCAACUAUAACUUUAUUAACAAUAAUUUGUUUUAUUUCUUUGUACUUUGGGCUAUUUCUCAUUUUAAAAGAGUGUCUGGCAAUAAAUAGUGUUCAGUA